AUGAAUUUGUGUAACUCAUCGAAAGGACUUUCAAUAUUUGUAUGUCUUUGUAUGUGUAGUCAUCUUUAUUACUGUCAAAUAAUAAAUGACACGUAUAACCUUCUGAAUGACAAACUAGCAAAUUAUAACCGGAAGAUCCGACCCACUUUCAACCAAUCGGCUCCCACUGAAGUGAAGUUUGGUUUUCAACUGGUAGCCAUUAGUGAGUUUGACGAGUUACAAGAAAAACUUUCAGUUGUUGGUGUCAUCCAUCUAAACUGGGUUGACGAGAUGAUUCAAUGGAACCCGCUUGAUUACGGAGGAAUGUACACCGUUCUUACUGAAAGUGGCUCUUUCUGGAUACCGAACUUGGUACUCACAAAUACUGCAACAAAGUUGGACAAAAUUGGUGACGACUGGCAAAGUAUUCGCUACGUAUAUAACGGUUCAGCAUACUAUUAUCCGUUAGGUAUAUAUACAAGUUCAUGCAGUGCUGAUAUUACACUUUACCCCUGGGAUAUCCACUAUUGUGUUUUAAAUUUUACGCCACAAGGUCACAUCAGCAGUGAAAUGACAAUUCAGACAAUGGGAAACAAAAUCAUUAAAGACCAUUACAUUGAGAAUGGGGCAUGGACAUUGCUUGCUUCGAAAGUUCAGUCAUCUUAUAUAUCUGGCUACAUGAGUGUUGACGUGGAGAUUGUAUUUGAACGGAAACCCAGAUAUGCAUUAGUUAAUGUGGUAUUGCCGAUUGUAUUUUUAGCAUUUCUGAGCAAUGUUGUGUUUUUAAUACCGACUGAUAGCGGAGAAAGAGUAUCAUAUGCUAUAACGAUGCUUCUGGCAAUGGCGGUGUUUUUAACAUUAGUUGGAGACAAUCUUCCGAAAACUUCCAGUCCAAUGUCGUACUUAAGUUAUUAUCUAAUGACCUUGCUGGCUGUAAACAUAUGCGUGUCAAUGGCAACAAUUUUCAACUUGCGCAUUCACCAUAAUGAUGAAUCUGUGCCGGUAACAGGCUGUUGGACAAAAUUACCAGCGUACAUGAAAAUAGCUUGUAGAAGUAAAGAGGUAACGAACAAGAAUGGAGAAGACUUACAUGACCAAAAAGUGAACAAUUCUAUGAAAGUCGUGUGUAAUUCAAAGGCAGAGAUGCAAGCUUUCGAUAGCUAAGAUAGAAAUAAAACAAAAAUGAAUAUUCCUUCGCCGACAAAU